UGCCAUAUUAAUGCAAUUUGAUAUCCUUAAUGUACAGCACGCUGUGUUUCAGUUCUUUACCCAGAACAAAAAGUGUGAAGAGUAAUGGGCCUUGCCCAGCUGGAGAUCCUGUGUAAGCAGCUGUAUGAGACUACCGACACCGCCGUCCGACACCAGGCAGAGAAAGCUCUUGUGGAGUUCACCAACAGUCCCGACUGUCUUAGCAAAUGUCAGCUGCUGCUGGAGAGAGGCAGCUCUUCAUAUUCUCAGCUGCUUGCUGCAACCUGUUUAUCUAAACUGGUGUCUCGGACCAGCAACCCCCUUCCUCUUGAACAACGGAUUGACAUCCGAAAUUAUGUACUGAAUUAUCUGGCAACGCGGCCAAAGUUGGCGGCGUUUGUGACCCAGGCGUUGAUCCAGUUGUACGCCAGGAUUACCAAACUGGGCUGGUUCGACUGUCAGAAAGAUGACUACGUCUUCAGAAACGUCAUCGCUGAUGUGACGCGCUUCCUACAGGACAGCGUGGAGCACUGCAUCAUAGGCGUCACCAUCCUGUCCCAGCUGACCAAUGAGAUCAAUCAGGCCGAUACGACGCAUCCGCUGACCAAACAUAGGAAGAUAGCUUCAUCAUUCAGAGAUUCCUCCCUCUUCGACAUCUUCACUCUGUCCUGCAACCUCCUCAAACAGGCUUCAGGGAAGAACCUGAAUCUGAAUGACGAGUCCCAGCAUGGCCUGCUAAUGCAGCUCCUCAAACUCAGCUACAAUUGCCUCAACUUUGACUUUAUAGGAACUUCCACAGACGAGUCGUCAGACGACCUCUGCACUGUACAGAUCCCCACGUCAUGGAGAUCAGCAUUUCUUGAUUCCUCCACCCUGCAGCUGUUUUUCAAUUUAUAUCAUUCCAUCCCUCCAUCCCUUUCUCCAUUGGUGUUGUCAUGUCUAGUUCAGAUCGCCUCUGUAAGGAGGUCUCUCUUUAACAACGCAGAGCGAGCAAAGUUUCUCUCACAUCUGGUGGACGGAGUUAAGAGGAUAUUAGCAAACCCACAGUGUUUGCCAGAUCCCAACAACUACCACGAGUUCUGCCGUCUGCUGGCGAGACUGAAGAGCAACUACCAGCUGGGGGAGCUGGUCAAGGUGGAGAACUACCCAGAGGUGAUUCGGCUCAUAGCCAACUUCACCGUCACCAGUCUGCAGCACUGGGAGUUUGCCCCCAAUAGCGUCCAUUACCUGCUGAGUCUGUGGCAGCGUCUCGCAGCAUCGGUCCCUUACGUAAAAGCCACAGAGCCUCACCUGCUAGAAACCUACACGCCAGAAGUAACCAAGGCCUACAUCACGUCGCGGCUCGAGUCGGUCCAUGUUAUCCUCAGAGACGGGUUAGAAGACCCCCUGGACGACGCCGGCCUCGUCCAGCAGCAGUUAGACCAGCUAUCCACCAUCGGCAGGUGUGAGUACGAGAAGACGUGCGCUCUGCUCGUCCAGCUGUUCGAUCAGGCAGCGCAGACCUACCAGGAGCUGCUACAGUCCACCAACUCGAGCGCUGCUGACAUCACUGUGCAGGAAGGUCGGUUAACAUGGCUGGUUUACAUAAUCGGUGCAGUAAUCGGUGGACGGGUGUCGUUUGCAAGUACAGACGAGCAGGACGCCAUGGACGGAGAAUUAGUCUGUCGGGUUCUCCAGCUGAUGAACCUGACAGACUCUCGGCUCGCUCAGGCCGGCAACGAGAGGCUGGAGCUGGCCAUGCUCAGCUUCUUCGAACAGUUUAGAAAGAUCUACAUUGGUGACCAGGUGCAGAAAUCAUCAAAGCUUUAUCGACGAUUAUCAGAAGUGCUGGGUUUAAACGAUGAGACGAUGGUACUCAGUGUCUUUAUAGGGAAAAUCAUUACAAACUUGAAGUACUGGGGCCAGUGUGAACCAAUCACCUCCAAGACACUCCAGCUGCUGAAUGACCUGUCUCUAGGAUACAGCAGUGUGAGGAAGCUCGUGAAGCUCAGUGCUGUGCAGUUCAUGCUGAACAACCACACAAGUGAACACUUCUCCUUCCUGGGAGUAAACAACCAGUCCAACCUCAGCGACAUGAGGUGUCGGACCACCUUCUACACAGCACUGGGACGCCUGCUGAUGGUCGAUUUAGGUGAGGAUGAGGACCAGUUUGAACAGUUCAUGUUGCCUCUGACGGCUGCGUUUGAAGCUGUGGCUCAGAUGCUGAGUACAAACACCUUCAACGAGCAGGAAGCAAAGAGGACUUUGGUGGGUUUGGUCCGAGACCUGCGAGGAAUCGCAUUCGCCUUUAACGCCAAGACGAGCUUCAUGAUGCUGUUCGACUGGAUAUAUCCAGCAUACAUGCCCAUCCUGCAGCGAGCCAUCGAGCUUUGGUACCACGACCCGGCCUGCACUACACCUGUCCUUAAACUCAUGGCUGAGCUCGUUCAUAACAGAUCCCAGAGGCUUCAGUUUGACGUGUCGUCACCCAACGGUAUCCUGCUGUUCAGGGAAACCAGCAAGAUGAUCACGACCUACGGUAAUCGCAUCCUGACUCUUGGGGAAGUGCCGAAGGACCAGGUGUACGGCGUAAAGCUGAAGGGUGUCAGUGUGUGCUUCGCCAUGCUGAAGGCGGUGCUCAGCGGGAACUACGUCAACUUUGGGGUUUUCCGUCUGUACGGCGACGACGCGCUGGACAACGCCUUGCAGACCUUCAUCAAACUACUGCUGUCCAUCCCUCACAGCGACUUACUAGACUAUCCGAAGCUCAGCCAGUCCUUCUAUUCCCUGCUGGAGGUGCUGACUCAGGACCACAUGAACUUCAUCGCCAGUCUGGAGCCGCACGUCGUCAUGUACAUCCUGUCGUCGAUAUCAGAAGGCCUCACGGCACUCGACACGAUGGUGUGUACUGGCUGCUGCUCCAGUCUGGACCACAUAGUCACCUACCUGUUCAAGCAGCUGUCGCGCUCCACCAAGAAGCGUCCUGCUCCCAUGGCAACAGACGACCGCUUCUUGCACAUCAUGCAGCAGCACCCAGAGAUGAUCCAGCAGAUGCUGUCCACCGUGUUGAACAUCAUCAUCUUUGAGGACUGCAGGAACCAGUGGUCGAUGUCACGGCCUCUGUUAGGCCUCAUUCUGCUCAAUGAGAAGUAUUUUGCUGACCUGAGGAACAGCAUCGUCAACAGUCAGCCUCCUGAGAAGCAGCAAGCCAUGCACUUAUGUUUCGAGAACUUGAUGGAGGGAAUAGAGAGAAAUCUGCUAACAAAAAAUCGGGACAGGUUCACGCAGAACUUGUCGGUGUUCAGGAGGGAAGUCAACGACAGCAUGAAGAACUCGACGUAUGGCGUCAACAGCAACGACAUGAUGAGCUGACAUUCCACACAGCAGAGUCUCACCCAGCUGCAGACGGAGCGCACCCCUUCCCUCACCCCUCCCUCGCUGUCUCACAGCCUCCACCUUCUCUGCAUCCGCCAACCCCCUCCUUCCCUCCCUCCCUCCCUGGGCCCGGAUGCCUAGGGAUCAUCUCCUCACCCCCUGCCCCCCCUCCCACCCUGACACAACAUUGGUUCAACUCCCCGCCUCCUUUUUUGAUAUAAGCAUAUAUAAAUAUAUACAGAUCUAUUUUAAAGCCAGUCUGCGUUGGUGUGACUCGUCUGGCUGUUUUAAUGGGUGGGAGGAAGUGGGGGUGGGGUGGGGGGUGGUUGCAUGUCUACGCACUCGAAAUCACUGAAGAAGAAGGCGAGAGUGCAGCAGCUGUUAACGGAGGCCGACGGGUCGACAGGGACAAACGCCGGUAAACGUAGUAAUCCGCUUCUGCCUGCCUUGUAUAGAAAACACACACAACAAACCAAGUGUACAUUUCUUUUCGUAACAUUUUGAACAAUGUUUAUAAUGAUCGAAUUUAAAACACGAAGAUGAUUUGAGGAAAAACAAACGAAAAUAAACAAAAAACACGUGUGAUUGAGCUUUUUACGGUGUAGUGAGUUAGUGCAAACUGUUUGUCUGCGUGGGGAGCGAGCUUUCCACGGGAGGGUAAAAAGGGGGGAGGUCAGGUGAGUCACGUGGUAGGGGCGGGGGGCUGGGGGGGAAGAAGGGGUGAGCACUCCUGCUGCAGAGCUGCCGCCAUUAACAGGAAGCAGAGGUACACACACUAACAGAAAGGGAGAGUCAGAGCGCCCAUGUUGUACAUUUUUCUCAGUCUCUGCUUGAAGUGAUGUAAAUAGUCCCGCAGCUGCAGGCUGGCGGCGCUCGACACGGACGGUUCUGCUGUUUUUCACCCCGGCGAACCUGAUUGUGGGUCAUAAAGUAUCAAUGUGGAAAGAUUUUUCCAGAAAAAGCCUCCGGAAACUGAUAGAAACUCAGAGUUAUGUUUAUUUUCAACAUAAGGUCAAAUAUUUCCCCAUUUCAGCUUAUAUUUGCUGCUUUAUUUGGAAACUUAAUACGCUCUUAAACAUCGUCAGAAUAUAAAAUUUUGGUUUUGAGUUGCAGAAUUCUUAAUUAAACCCAGAACUCAGAAAAGAUUCCUGAUGAAUGAAUAAUCAAAACGACUUAUAUCUCACCUUUUUUAUGUAAAGAUGCAAAGAAAACCAGCAAAGGUGAAUUUAAUCCGUUUUUGCAUGGUCGAAUAUUCAGUUUUUUUAACUUAUACAAGAAGGGUCUGAUUAACUCACGGCUCCCCCCAGAUGAAGCCUUUAAAAUCCUCCACGAGCAGCUGAAGGUUGGAAAGUCAAAAGCAGAAAAUGCAACAUUUAUUCCACCGUUACUUGUUUCUAUUGCUCAGUGAUUAUUAAACUAUUUUGCUGACUCAGUUUGACCUGCAGCAGGAAAAAGUAAAACAGCAGAACUGUCCUUUAGCACGCUCGUCGGUGUGCGGCCUGCAGGCAUCGUGCGCACACGCCUGCUGCUUGUUCGACGUGUAAGCAACAUGGUCGUGGCUACAUUUUCCCCUCUGGUAGGCUCAGUGCAGUUUCCACCAUUUUGUUUACACUCUGGAUUCCUGGGACCAGUUUUGGGAUGGCCCCCCUUUAAGGUCCUGCAGCGGAGUCCUUCUUUGGUGUGUGCGUUGUUGUGUUUGUUUGUGCGUGCGUAGAGUGGCUCUCUGUUGCCUGGUGUGUGUGUGUGUGUGCGUGUGUGUGGUGUCUCAUGGUGAACCUGCAAUGGAGCUCAAACAGCCAAGGUGUGUGUGUGUGUGUGUGUGUGUGCGUGCCAGAAUUCAGGACAGAAUAAUCAUGAGGGUAAACCAGCAUGGAGACUUUGGAUUGCCUGAAGGAGUCCAGUUUGGCGUGAAACACCUGAAGAACCUCUGUAGAAGUCAGAACAGUGUAAAGGAGUCUUUUAGCAACGUGUGUUACUCUCUACGAUGUUGCUGCUAACUGUUUGUGACAACUAGCUCAUCUCUAACCAUGUCAGCACUCACGGAUGUUCCUAAGUUUUGGUUUGUGUCCCUGAUGUGAAUGUUUUGGGUCCAUAGAGUGAAUAGCUGUUUGAGUUGUUUGGAUGUCUGCUACAUAUAGUGUAAGCAUUGUGACUGCAAAUAAACCUCAUUGAUUUUUA